AUGACUACAGGCAAACAACAACAAAAAGUAUCCGAUCAAAGCUUGCAAACUGUGGCGCAGAAUGCAGCCUCUCAGUGCCCCAGCAGUUAUGACGUCAUAAGCAUAUCAUCAUCGUCAUCGUCGUCGUCAUCAUUGCCAUCAUCCAUGCCAGCGUCAUCGUACGGAAAGCUGUGGUAUUCAUUCGGCGCUAAUACAAACCUCAAUGUUGAGUGGGCCAUGAGAGAGUUGUACUUGAAUGCUAGCAAUAUUAUGAGCUAUCAGGUUUUCGUCGAGCACAUCCAGCAGAAGCAGCAAUUCAAAGGAGUCGAUGGAGAUCCUCUAGCAUUGGUGACCUCGUGCUUUCAAAGUUCUCCCCUCCUUGAAAGAUUUUUGUAUUCAGAUCGACUGAACCUGAAACGCAUUGCCUGUUGA